AUGGGUAAAAAAUACACAUGGGAGAUCAUCUCCACAGCCAUCGCCUUCUUCCUAAUCGGUCUCUGCAACAAUUACGGCUACGUAAUUAUGCUAAGUGCCGCCGAAGAUAUUCUAAGUCAACAGCAACACAAAAACAAAUCAACAACUGUAGAUGUUUGUGAUCCCGUGAUAACCGGAAGACAUUGCAAACCACCAACAGCCGAAGUCUUGCUCUCCGAUAAUUUGCCAAGUUUACUGGUCAAAUUAACUUUUCCAUUUUUUAUGGAUCGUUUUCCAUUUGGGAUGAGGGUUGCUGUAGUUUGUAUUCUACAAACCGCUUCAUAUUUCGUCGUGGCUUUUUCCACAUCAAUUCCAAUGUCAUUGUUUGGCGUGGUUUUGGUGAGCUUGGGUGGAGGAUUGGGUGAAAUUACGUUUUUGGGAUUGUCAGCGCAUUAUCCGAGGUGAGUUUGGUACGAAAAAUUAUAUGGAAUUUUGAGAAAAGCUCCGAGAAAUCAAGCCAUUAUUCUGGUGUUUUGAAAAAAAAUAAUGUUUCAUAAUUUGCAUUUAUUAAACAAUUUUCAAAGCUUGAAUCGUUUCGAGCCUUUCAAACUUGGGCAAUAAAAUUGAGCCAAAAAAUCCACGUGGCACAAAUUUUAUCGGAAAAAAUAGAGCGGAAAAAUAUACGUUUCAAAAAAUUGAAAUUUUGUGUGACAAUUGAAAAAAAAUAUUGAAAUUUUGUGUCACAAAAAUUUCUGACAUAAAAUUUUUGAAACGUAAAUUUUUCAUGAAAAAAUUCUAGAUUUUCAGCUCUAAAUCUAAUUUUGAAUGAAGUCUGGAACAAAAUAUUUCCAAUUCAAAAUUUUAAUAGCGGUGAAAAAUGCAACAAUACAAAUCAACAUUUUUUUUUCAAAAAUUAUUCAUACGAAAAUUUUGAAACAGUGAAUUUUUUUUUGCGAACAAAUAUGAGAAAUUUUCGAAAAAUCGAAAAUUUGAUUUUUUCAGAAAAAAGUUGGCAUAGUCAAAAUAUGUCAAAAGGUGAUACAUAAAUGUACCCUACUUCAAAUUUCAGAUAAAAAUGAGGCUGAAAUAAAAAGUUGAUUUUUUUGAAAAAUGGGUGCUUUUAGUUUCCACAUAAUCUUAGCCUCACCCUAGAAAAUUUCUGUAAUUUCAGGUUUUGUGCUUGAACUAAGUUUGUAAUGGGUCUGAAAAUGAUAGUUAAAUCAGUUUCAGACAGAAUUGAGCUGUAAUCAACCAUUAUUGAUUGAUUAACAGUGACUGAAAACGCUGAUAGCGUGGAGACUUCCAUCAAAACAAGUUUUGAGUCAAAGUUGGUUCAAAAUUCGAUUAUUUCGAGCUUAAUUUUUAGAAAAUUGGUAUAAAACACUUUUUUCAACAUAAUCUGUCAAAAUUCUGACCCGAAUUGCAAGAAAUUUUCAAUUUCAGCUGAUUUUUCAAAAAUUUUGAAAUUUUUCUGAACCAAAAUUUUCGAGUUUCAGCCAAAAUUCCGACAUAUUUCUAGAUCAAAAACUCGACUAAAAAUUUCAGACAUAAAAUUUUUGAAACGUACAUUUUUCAAGUAAAAAAUUCUAGAUUUUUGAAGGCAAAUCUAUUAUCGCCACGUUUUAAAGAUGAACAUCAUAUGAACAACGUUACAUUAACUUUUUUUUCAAAAAUUAUUCAUAUACAAAUUUUGAAACAGUGAAUUUUUUCUAACACAAACUUGAGCAAUUUGAGUUUUCUUUGGAUAUUUUCUUAUGUAAAUUGCAAUAAAAAUUACUAGAAAAUCAAAAACUCGACUAAAAAUAUCUGAUACAAAAUUUUUGAAAAGUACAUUUUUCAAGAAAAAAAUUCUCGAUUUUUGCGGUUCAAAUCUAUUUUCGCCACGUUGCAAAGUUAAACAACAUACACUGCAUUAACCUUUUUCAAAAAAAAUUAUUCAUACGAACAUUUUGAAACAGUGAAUUUUUUCUCAAACAAAAACGAGAAAAAUGAGUUUUCUUUAGAUCUUUUCUUAUGAAAAUUCCAAGAAAAAUUACUAGAAAAACAAAACCUCGGGCACCACCAAACUUCACGGCUAAAAUAGUACCUUUCCAACCCAAAUCCUACAAAAAUUCCAGAAUCGCAAUCGCCGGAUGGUCCUCUGGAACCGGAAUGGCUGGACUACUCGGCAGUUUUUCUUACGCCUUCCUAACCGAGCCACACAUGGCAAAUCUCAGUCCAAAAACUGCACUUCUGAUUCAAUUAUUCAUUCCAGUGCUUUUCGCCUUCGCAUACUUCAUUCUACUUUCAAAACCCGAAUCAAUCUAUUCACCAACAAUAAGUCCAAAAACUUGGCUAGUUCCCAAGAAUUAUGAUAACUUUAUUGUGGUUAGUUCAAAAUUAGCCGUGUUUGGUGUCUCUAGAACCCAAAUUCCGAGAUGAAUCCGUUAAUCAAAAAAAAUUUGCAGAGCAAACAUCGAGUUCCACAACGUGAAUUGAAUCUCAGCGAACGUCUUCAAUUGAUUCUGGUAAGUCACGUGGUUCUUAUCAAACUAGGCUCAAAAAUGAGCAAGAUAAGGGGGAAAAUGUGCCAAAACGUGUGUUUUUAUUGCAGCCCAUGCUUCAUUUGAUGAUACCGCUUGCACUGGUUUAUGUCGGAGAAUAUAUGAUCAAUCAGGGAAUGGUAAGAGAUCGGGGGGAAUAUAGGAGGUUCAGAGGAAAAAAAUUCUAAAAUUUUGGGGAUAAUGAUGAAAUUCCGGUUCCAACGAGUCUAAACAAGUCAAAAUCAUUUGAAAAUUUCAAAAUUUUUGAGCAUUCAGGGAAAAACAUCAGAAUUGUCAUAGAAAUAUCUGGAAAUCUCUAAAAUUUACAGAUUUAGCUGUAAAUUCCGGUUCCAACGAGUCUAAAUAUGUCGAAAUCAUUUGAAAAUUUCAAAAUUUUUGAGCAAAACAUGUCAUUGACACGUGGAAUCAGGGAAAAGCAUCAGAAUUUUCAGAUUGAGCUGAAAAUUCCAGUUCCGGGGAUAUUUUCAAAACCCAAAUUUUCAGCUGAAAAUAAAGUUAACACUCAUUUUCAGCUCAAAAUUCACCCAAAAAACCAAUUCUUCUUCACGGAAAAGAUACAUACAAAGAGGAGAGAUAGCUCAGUGGCAGUAGUGACUACUGGCAAUCUGAUAGUCACGGGUUCGAUCCCGGGUGCCCGCUACUACAAAGUUGAAUCUGAAGAUUUCAGAUUUUUAGAUCUAGAAAAGUUCAAACCACCAAAAUUUGCAGACCCAAAUGAUAAUCUUCAACUGCCAAGAUGGCUUCUCGCUCUCCGUCAAAUCCCAAUAUCGUUGGUAUCAAGUUCUCUAUCAAUUCGGUGUUUUCAUCUCUCGAUCUUCAAUAAAAUUAAUCGAACUUCCAGUCUGGUUACUCUAUCUUCUACCAGUUCUUCAACUCUCAAAUAUGGUUUUCUUCUUUUUCGACGCACUUUAUUGGUUUGUUCCGCAUAUUGCGAUUAUUUUUGUGCUGAUUAUUUUCGAGGGAUUAUUUGGGGGAAGUGCGUAUGUUAACACUUUUCACAAGUUGCAUAAUAUGGUAGGGGUUUUUGAAUUGAGAUUCUGGGAAAUCUCCUCGAGCUAGACCUAACCUAAAAUUAAUUCCAGGUCGCCCCGGAUGUCCGAGAAUAUUGUCUAUCGGCCGCUUCAAUGGGCGAUUCAAUCGGAGUCAAUUUCGCUGCAGGAGUUUCGAUUCCUCUUCAUUAUUGGAUGUGCGCUCAACCGCAACCAAGAUAA